UCCAAGCAUACAUUCCCUACCGAGUGACACUUGAAACCUGAGAUACCAAAGAAUAACUCGAUUUUCUUCACAAGCCCGUAACACAGUUUGUGAUUACAGAUUUCUACGAUUUCCCACUUUAACUAAAUCCUGUAAUGGAGUACUAAACGCAAACCAAUUAACAAAGUAAAUAUGUAAAUUAAUUGAAGAAAAUCGGAAAAACAAAAGAAAAAUUCUAAUAGAAAUCUGAACUGAAACAGGCAACAAGAAAUUUAUUUAUGAAAAGAAAAAAAGGCAUACAACAAAUUGAUGGCAAUAAAAAAUAAUAAGCUUUCUAUGUGACCGACUUAGUAAACCUGAAUGAAACGAACAAAACAAAUCGCAAAAAACAAAAACAAACAACAGCAUAAUCGAUAAAGCCAAUUGAAGCUUAUAAACGUCCAUUUUAUUUGCAUUCAAGUGCAAAAUUGAACGACAAAUGUUAUAACAUUUUUUACGGUCACAACUUCUUCGAUUUUUUGCAAAUCUCAAAUACAUAGAGAAAGAGAGAGACAAAAAGCACAAGAAGAAGACGACGACGACGAGGUAGAACCAACAACUACGCAAUCAUAUAAAACCCCAAAAGGCAAUAUCUUUUUUUUCUGGAUUUGAUAGAGGUCUUGGUUUGAUUGCUGUGGCCAGCUCCCGCUCCGAAACUCGGCAGAAGAGAGAAAAGGGGGAAAACAGAUAAACGGAAUAAAAAUGAAAAUGAAGUCAAUAUUCUUGCCAGCGACAACAUCGAGAAACAGCUGUUCCAAUACCCAAGCUCAUCAAAAUCAACGUCAACAUCCAGAGCAACAGAAACACAGAAGACAUUGUCAACAGUACCAGCAAUACUCAGCCGGAGCAACAACAACAACGACGUCAGCUGCCGGAGUAACCAAAACAACAUCGUCUUCAUUCCCAUCAACAUCAGCAUCCGCAUCAUCUUCAUCAUCAUCAUUGCCAGCAAUGGUGUUCAACAUGAGCUCUUUGCUGCUCCUCAAUCUGAUUAUCAUCAUUUGUGUCGAUGGAAUCCAUUGCUUUCAAAGAUUCGCCGAACAGCCAAAGUACUCGGAAGUGAAUCCAGGUCAGGACGCUCUGUUAACGUGUAAAGUUAUCGAUAAACGUGGCACAUGUUCAUGGCAAAAGGAUAACAAGCCCGUUGGCAUUUAUGCCAAGAAAUACGAAUGGGCCGCCCGGCCAUCCUCAACGCCCAGCGGUGGCCUGCAUUUGGAUUUACAUCCGCCACCGAUGCAGAUUGGUGGCGACUGUUCGCUGUGGAUACGCUCGGCCACAUUGGAUUUCGAUGAUGGCCUUUGGGAAUGUCAGGUGACGGCAAGUGAUUUUACGACACAGGAUGCUUUAACCAGUCAACCGGUACGGUUGGUUGUACGUGUUGCACCACAACGACCACGUCUGGAAUAUGAGGGCGCCCAUGUACCGCCCGGCCAUAACAUUACCGUGGACGCUGGCUCCCUGGCCACGGUUAAGUGUGUCUCCCACUACGGCAAUCCACCUGCAACACUUAAGUGGUUUCUUGGUGACCAAGAAAUUGAACCCAUUCAUCCGCAAACGAAUGCCACCGAACCAGAUAAUCCACGUACCUGGUCUGCCACAUCGGUUGUCCAGCUGACGGCAAUGCGUGAACGACAUGGUGACAUUUUACGUUGUCUGGCUUAUCAUGAAUCAUAUACGGCUAAAACGGUGCCGGUGGAAGCCAGAUUAGAUGUUAAAUACGCACCAACAAUACGUCUAAUUGGCUCGCCGGAAAUCGACUUGGAGGAGGAUAAAGAUGCACUGAUAUUACGCUGUGUGGCGGAUGCCAAUCCACCGGCCAGCAUUGUUUGGCGGCGUGCAGGACGUUCUGAAAUUGCCAGUCUACAGGAAACUUUACAACUACGCCCUGUUGGACGACGUGAUGCCGGCUUAUAUACCUGUCAGGCACAAAAUUCGGUUGGUACCUCAGAACAGUUAUCUGUGCAGUUGGAUGUGAAAUAUCCCCCUAAAAUAUUGUCCGCUGGACCAGAUCGUUUAACCACAGCACCAUUAUUUACACCAGCCGCCUUUGAAUGUGUGGCCGAUGGCAAUCCAAUGCCCUCCUUUAAAUGGGUCCAACGCAUUUCCCAUGGCUCUAAAUAUGUGGAACGUGGCAAUGAACCACGUUUGGUCAUCGACAACGUGACAUACGACUAUCAAGGUGAAUAUGAAUGCCAUGCCACAAAUUACAUCAAUGGCCAGGAACGAGUGGCCAUAUCCGAUCCGGUUUCACUGCAAGUUGUUGGUGCUCCCCAGGUUUUACGUUUACACCCCUCAAUGCACACGGUCCUCGUGAAAAGAGGUGAUCCAGCCUCAUUGACAUUGGUUGUGUGUGCCGAUCCACGGCCACAUCGUGUGGCCUGGGAAUGGGGUUCGCUGCGUUUGGAUGCUGGUUCGUCUAUUGACCGUUUUCGUGCCGAUGAUUUACUGCAAGAUUCACGUGAGGACUGCUAUCUAUCGACCCUGCACAUCCAUCAUGCCACCGAACAUGAUGCACGUCCUUAUUAUCUGGUUGUGGAAAAUGAACGUGGCACCGAUCGCCAUGCCAUACAGUUGAAUGUGGAGGAACCUCUGGAAAUGAGUUAUUUAUUGGGCAUCGCAGGCGGCUGUUUGGCCGCCCUAUUCCUUCUGAUAUGUCUGUGCAUUUAUGCGAUACGUAUUAAAAAGUGCUGCUUUAAAGGUAGUGGAGGUUAUAAAUCAUCAGAUAAAGACAGUGAAAAAGCCGAUUUAAAAUCACGUUCGGAUAGCACUAGUGGUGGACCACCUGGCGAUUCGAUUUAUACAACCCCGGCUGGUUUCCAUCAUCAGCAGCAGCAGCAGCAACAGCAACAACAGCAUCAGCAACAACUACAACAAUCCGCGGCAGCAAAUGCCAAUCAGUUACAACAUCAACAACAAUUGGCUGCCGCCGCUGCUGCAGCUAUGGUUGGCAAUAAUCAUCAUCCGGGACAUCACCAUGGAUUGGGCCAAGGAUCACCCGAGGCAAUGAAGUUUACAAAACCCAUGGCAGCAACGACCAAAACGACAAUUGUUAAUCGCUCUUUUGAUGAAAUGGGUAAUGUUAUGUGGCAACAAGAAGCCGCCGAAUUCGUUGAACAAUAUCCUCAACGUCGACGUCCCAAGGCGGCUGCCUUGCUGCUAAGGCAAAGUGCUUCGGCAGGAACACUGUAUCGUAAACCGGAAACCGUUAUACCAACUCUCAAUAAACGAGCCAGCGGCGGAGAACUUUUGACGCCACAACACCGGCAUCAGCGCGAUUUGUUCAGCGGUGAUUUAGGUAUACCGGAUGUCAACAGCCAUGUCGGUAGUGUGGUACACACUUUCGAAACAAUGGCAAUGCAGCGUCAAUUGGCCGAAAGGCAAAGGAUUCAACGCGAACGGGAGCACAGUAAGUAUUUAAUGGAAUUGCUUGCAAUGCAGGCUGCAGCUGCUGCAAUUGCAGCAACAUCUAAUGCCGCACAGAUUAGUGGUCAACAGUCAGUCACAUCACCGGCGACAUCCAAAAGACAAUUCAUACCAUGUGGCACCUCGAAAAGCACCUCAAAGAAUAACACCCAUGGUAACACUUCAAAAUUGCAACAACUUAAAAAGAAAACCCAAGAGACUAGACAAAAAAUUGUACAACAUAUUUUACAACAAAAUGCAAGCGUCAAACAAUCGAAACCCAACCUAACGCCGCGUCACGAGUUAAGCCAACAGUUUAAGGCCUCGUCUAACUCGGAAGUUUACUAUCGAAACAUUGACGACGAUUAUCGUAAGAAUCUCUUUGGUACUCUGAGUCAAAGAAAAAUCGCUUCGUUGGAAGAUUCGCUGGCAGUUUCCAACACCCUAGACUCGGAGAGUUAUUGUGAAAAUUCUCAAAUUGUUAAUCAGGCAUUUGAUGAAAUUUUUGAGGGCUACAGUGGCCUGGAUGAAGAAGAGGAAGACGAAGAGCACAAAGAUAAGCAAAUGGCUAGUUUGGUACCUCCCACCGACCACUUACAAACUUCCAGUUUUAUCACCCAAUAUGGCAGGCCAGGUUUGACGCCAAAAAAACUACCACCUUUGUCCCAUAAAAAAGGACCUCCUCCUCCGCCACCCACCAGACAUAACAACCCUUCCUCUUCAUCAUCUGGCCACACAAAACGUAAAAUAAUGCCAUUCUCCGAGUCAAAACAGAGAUCUUCCACAUUUCACAAUCUUGUGGAACGUCUCAAAACUCAGCCCCAAAAAUAUUCCACGCCAUUUAAGCAUUUAAACAAAACCUCUUCUGAUAAUUUGCUUAAAAUAGAUAACAUGCCCACGAACUCCUCUAAAUUCCUUCAAAAAUUCCCACCCCAUUUGCAUUUAAAUCGUGAAGUAGAAGGACAAGAAAGUCCUGAAAAUCAAGAUCAAGAUUUUCUAAGAGGUUCCACACUUUCACAAUCGUUUGUUCGUCAUCUGAAGGUACACAAAUCGAACAAAGGUAAAGCUCCUACCCCUCCAAUGCCUACACAACACCAACAACAAACACAAUCGGCCAAACAUCCGCUGAAAACCAGUGAAGCCCUAAGGCAGGUUCUUUUAUUUUCUAGAAAAUCAAAAUCUUCCGCUGAGUUAUUACCGCACAGUGAUUUGUAUAGUACUGUGGAACCACGUAAGUAUUAUCGUCGCUUGGAAGAUAGUGUGGAAAGGAAUAGAGAACGUUUAAUUGAGGGAGCGACAAAUGCAAUGUCAGCGAAUUCGAUUAGGAAUCAACAAUCGGCAGAGAUAUAAAUACAUAUUUAAGGCAUGACAAAAUUAUGG